AUGCAAAUAUUGUAUAAGAAUCUUUCUACUGCUACAAUGGAAAAUGAUAGCUUAUACAUUUUAUGGAUUAAACACCAAUUUGAUUGUGAAACAAAGGUCAUACGAAUCGACAAUGAGAGAGCUAUCAAAGAAUCUGAUAUCUUUAAGGACUGGGUAAUCGAGCUGGGCUUAGAGAUCGAAUACUCCUCGGAAUAUAUCCAUGAGCAGAACGGUGCUGCUGAACGGGCAGAUAUUGAGCAUACACUAAGAUUCUCAAUGAGAUCUUCAAUUGAAAUCGGUCACAAAAGCUCAAUCCCAGAGCUUAUAUCAGAUAUUUUAUGA